UCUGACAACUGGGCUGAUGGUUUCUAUAUCAUAAGCCUUAUCAAUCUUCUCAUCUGCCUUCCUGGACUUGUAGGGAACGGGACUGUCAUUUGGCUUCUUGGCUUCCGUAUUAAAAGGACUCCCUUUACCACAUACAUUUUGAACCUUGCCAUUGCAGAUUUUGCUGUGCUCAGUAAUGAAAUUAUUAGAGAUAUAUAUUCUCUUUUAAACUGGAUUAAUCCUAUCUUUUAUUUUCUUUACUUCAAUAUAUUCUACCUUUGGAUCUUUCUGUUUACCUUCACUGCUAGUCAGUACCUCAUGACAAUCAUCAGCAUUGACAGAUGUGUGUGCCUCUUCUUCCCACUCUGGCAUCGAUGUCACCGGCCACCACAUUUAUCAACCUGUGUGUGUGUCAUUGUAUGGAUCCUCGGCGGCUUAACUCCUGCUAUGACUUUCACUCUUAUUUUCUAUGAAUAUGUUAUCACCGCGUACUUCCAGUUUUUCUUAAAUGCUGUGGUUUGCAUGCCCAUCAUGUGUGUGUCCACUAUAGCCAUGUUUAUUAAAUUCUGCUUAAGACCACCACAAAAGAAGAAGGGGAAACUGUUAAGAACCAUUUGGAUUACACUUUUCUUCUUCCUCCUCUUUGCUUUUCCAUUUAAUAUCAUGCACCUUUUUCCUGUAUUACUUCAUCAAACUAAGUAUUCGUAUGGAUAUGGCUACAUUAGUGUCUUCUUAAACAGUGCCAUUAACCCCAUGAUCUAUUAUUUGGUGGGAAGAGAUAAAAGAGGGAGAUCCAGCAAGCAAAUCAAUAAAGUGCUUGAGAAACUUUUCAAGGAAGAGGAAGACUGUCGAGAGAAUCAGGAAAUCUGAUCCCAAACACUUAUAAGGACCCUUUAACAAGGUAGUUAA